AUGAAUUCAACUGUAUUACGUACGCUUGAAGACGCACGGUUUGACUCGUACAAUCGACUUCGAAACGAGGUGUCUGAUAAAUCUCUGGAGUUAAUCUUAGAGAUCUUCGCAUUUGGGGAUAUAUCCGACUAUUACAGACAUAAACAGUGUCUCAUUGAACUAAAUGAUCAGCAAUUAAUGAGAAUUCGUCAACUAACACUUUUAUCGUUAUGUCGAAACAGAACGGAAGUGUCAUUCGAAGAUAUAAGUAAACGUUUAAUGAUACCACGUGAUCACGUGAUCAAUUAUCUGGUGAUACUUGGAGAUUCUGCCGUGAUACGAUUUAGGAUUGAUGAAUUGGAGAAGAAGAUUGAUAUUGAGGAGAUAUGUCAGAGUCGAGACGUUUAUUGCAGUCAGGACAAACCGCUAGAAAUAGUUAGCAUACCCUCUGAGCAGACAGUGGUACGAUUAAUUGAAGAGUUGAAGAGAUUUAGAGACGAGAGAGUAAAGAAAGUGAAGAAAGAUAUUAGUAAAGAGAUCAAGAAGACCAUUAAAAGUGGGACUGGAAUCAAGCGGCCGUUGGAGAGUUAA